ACCAUGUCAGAAUUCUGGUUAAUUUCGGCACCUGGGGAUAAAGCAAAUAUGACGGCCUGGGAAAGAAUGAACACUGUGACUCUCAAAGCCAACCUGUCCAGCAACAGCAAGUUCAUCAUCCCUGACCUCAAGGUAGGAACCCUGGAUGCUCUUGUUGGCCUCUCAGAUGAGUUGGGGAAACUUGAUACCUUUGCUGAAAGCAUAAUAAAGAAAAUUGCUCAGUAUAUUGGAGAAGUUUUGGAAGAUGCAAAAGAUAAAGUACAGGAAAAUUUGCUGGCAAGUGGAGUUGACCUAAUUAGUUAUCUCACAAGGUUUGAGUGGGACAUGGCUAAGUAUCCCAUAAAACAGCCACUGAAGAAUAUUUCAGAAUCAUUAGCAAAGCAAAUUACACAAAUAGAAACAGACUUGAAAUCCCGAGCAGCUGUGUACAACAACAUCAAGGGAAACCUCCAGAAUCUGGAAAGAAAAACGGCGGGAAAUCUCUUGACACGUACUUUAACUGACAUAGUGAACAAAGAAGACUUCGUGUUGAAUUCUGAAUAUCUCAUCACUCUGCUUGUUGUAGUUCCCAAGUCAAGUUAUACACAGUGGCAAAAAACAUAUGAAUCACUCUCCGACAUGGUGGUUCCUCGCUCUACAAAGAUGAUUGCUGAAGAUGGAGAGGGAGGACUCUUCACUGUAACUCUGUUUCGAAAAGUGAUGGAGGACUUCAAAGCCAAAGCAAGAGAAAACAAGUUCAUAGUGCGGGAAUUCUAUUUUGAUGAGAAAGAACUGAAAUAUGAAAGAGAAGAAAUGAUGAAGUUAGCUUCCGAUAAGAAGCAACAGUAUGGUCCGCUGUUGCGUUGGUUGAAGGUUAACUUCAGUGAAGCAUUUGUGGCUUGGAUUCAUAUAAAGGCUCUCAGAGUUUUCACAGAAUCUGUCCUCAGGUAUGGACUCCCAGUGAAUUUCCAGACGAUGUUACUGCAACCCAGUAAGAGAUCGGCAAAGAGGUUGCGAGACGUCCUUAAUGCAGUCUUCAAACAUCUGGAUGAAGUAGCAGCAGCUAGUAUAAUGGAUGCUUCUAUGGACAUUCCUGGCUUACAACUGAGCAGUCAAGAAUACUAUCCUUAUGUCUAUUUCAAGAUAGACCUCAGCCUUCUGGACUGCAGCUAAGAGAAGCAUGACAUACUAAAGGGUGGAUACACUGUACUGGGUUAUCAGAACAACGAAGUUAAUGUGUAUGCAUCUCCAUUCCAAGCUGUCUUUUUAAUAUAAGGGGGCUGUUUUGACAGGGGCAUAGCCUUUUCCUGGUAAGGAUACUAAAU